AUGCAGCUGCUGACAGAGUCUCAUCACUCGAUGGCCACAGAUACCCUUCUCAAAUACAACGACAUCCUCAUCUGCUCCAUCCUCUGUGAGCAGCGCCAGCUCAAGGAUCUUCUCCAGACCACCCUCAAUGCUGCCGACCAAGACCCAGCAGCGAACAAUCUAAAAAUGUCCACUGUACUCCUCUACCAGACAGCAAUUUUGUGCAAUAAACGGUGUCUGCUUGCAUAUCACCACCACCACCUGGAGAGGCUGAAGGAUUUGUACUGGUCCGUCGGCGAUGCGCUGCCCCUUCUGCUUUCUAUGCCAUCUGCUUCUGCAUCGCAGAACGUGAAUGCAUCUGGCAAUGGCAGCAGUGGACCCCCAUGCUUCCCUCAUUUCACUAACUAUAAUGCACCAACCUCUGGUGACUGCUAG